GCUGGAAGGGAGACUCGAUGAGGUGGCGGAAGGGAAGAGGUUUGAUACGGACUUUGGACAGCUAGCAAUGGCUCAGUUUGCUUCCGUUCCGCGUCGCGCGAGGUUUGUGUGUGCUUUCUAUUGAAGUGAUUGUUCUGCACGCUGAUCUGUAUUCUAAAAAGGAAUUCGUUUCUUUCCCUUGUCAUCUUCUAUCUCGGAGUACGUAACGGAAUCAUCCAUGCACGAUGUACAUACAUCGUUACAGGAUGUGCUUAUAAGUGUAUGUAUGAAGUGCCUCAUAUUCUAUGAAGUGCUUUCUGCUUUCGAGAUAAACUUCUCGCGCGUGAUCGUGGAUAGAAAAUCAUGUCGACGAGAAGCCACUACUGCUUGUUUACGUGUUUGUUACUCAUACUUGGAUGCAUUCAAGAAUCUUGGCAACUAAUUAUCAAGAGCAUCAACGUACCAGAUAUUAUAAAAGUUAGCAAUGAUUACAUUAUUCUCGAUUGCGAUUAUGAUCUCGAGAAUACAUCGAGCAAGGGUCUCGUCGUCAAAUGGUUUUUUAAUACUAACCAAGUAGUUUACCAAUGGAUCUACGGCAGACAUCCAUUAGCAGAUGAACCAGCUGCGAAAUAUAUCGAUUUAACAUACAAAGCUAGCGAUGAUCCAUAUACCGAGUACCGAGCAAUGAAAUUGAAUAAACCAGGCAUUGACCUUACUGGCGAGUACACAUGUGUUAUAUCUACAUUUGAGGAUGAGCGAACGGCGAAUGCAUCGAUGGUAGUGUACUCAACAGAAGAAAAAUUUGAUCUUGUAUACGCAAAAAAAACUGUAGAUAACAAAAAUGGAGUCGAAAUAACAUGUUUGGCUGAAGGACUUUACCCUCAACCGACUUUAGAUAUCUCUAUCGAAGAUAUUUCAGAGAAGCAAAUUGAGAAUCCUAUCGUAAAGCUGCGUGAUGACGGACUGUACAAUAUUUCAUCACGCGUUGCUGCACUGGAUGAAGAUUUACUGGAAGCAACAGUUGUCAAAUGCUUACUCAGCAUACCGAAGGCAGCGUACAAUGUGUCUCGUAAAACUGUCUAUUAUACUGGAAUGUUUACUACUACAUCAACUACUACAACGAAGCUGCAUCGUAAAAUGGAGAUCCAGGCCUUAGACAAAUCAGGAUGUAAUAACGAUGAUAACUCUGCUGGCUACGUGUCAAUUAUUCUUCCAUUAUUAUUUUUACAAUUAGCAAUUUUCAAUGCGCUUCAUCAAUAACAUGAUUGGAAGAAGCCAUGAACUGUCAGCUGCAAGCAGUAGCGAGCUAUCCCAGUUCCACGCGUGGCGCGGAUGACUUAAUAUAGUUCGCCAAAGCUUGCAGAGCCUCUACGUAUUGUGGAAUCCCGACUUACAUGAACGUACACUGCCGGGAGAGGACAUUGUGUUUAUGGAUCUACGCGCUGCGUGAUUAAGUUAUUACUCUUAAACACGCUACUCGAGGAGUAGUCUGUAUAAAAGGGAUGUUGUGUGUCCUUUCGUGAUGCGCCAUUUCGAAAUUCUACUACUGUACUAUAAUAUGCAUUAAUUAUGUAUGCUGUGUAUGAAAGGGAUGUUGUGCGCUCUUUCGAGGUGCGUCAUUUCAAAAUUCCACUAUUCUACUACUGUAUUAUAAUAUGCAUUAAUUAUGUAUGUUGUGCAUUUUAUUACA